AUGCCGAUGGAACCUACGCAAGUGAGUCAGACUCAACCGACUCAACAAUCGACAACUCAAACACAAACGCAAGGAGAUGAUGAAAAUAGAAUAUGUCAAUUAAUUUGUUCGACUGGACAAUUAUCAAGUUUCCCAUUAAACAUUAAUGAUAAAUCACCACGAGAUGGGAAAAUUACAUGGUAUUUUGGUAGAUCUGUUGAUUCUGAUCUACAGUUAACUUCAUCGUCUAGAAUCUCAAACAAACAUUUCCAAAUUUGGUUUAAUUUAAAUGAUAAAUCAUUAUGGAUUAAAGAUACUUCAACUAAUGGAACUCAUGUAAAUAAUCAAAGAUUAGUCAAAGGAUCAAAUUAUUUACUUACACAAGGUGAUGAAAUUGCCGUUGGUGUAGGAGUUGAAUCGGAUGUUGUUAGAUUUGUAAUGGUAUUUAGUGAUAAAUUCAAUCCAGCUAAAAUGCCUGAUAAUACAGGAACCGUUAAAGAUCAAGGGAUAUAUAAAGAUUUCAUAAUAAAACAUGAAACAAUAGGACAAGGAGCAUUUGCAACAGUUAAAAAAGCAGUUGAAAGAGCGACUGGAGAUUCAUACGCGGUUAAAAUCAUAAAUCGACGAAAAGCAUUAAAUACAGGUGGUGGUGGUGCCAUUGCGGGAGUUGAUCGUGAAUUGGAUAUAUUGGAGAAAUUACAUCAUCCAAAUAUAGUUGAACUUAAAGCAUUUUAUGAAGAUUUAGAUAAUUAUUAUAUCGUUAUGGAAUUGGUUCCUGGUGGUGAUUUAAUGGAUUUUGUGGCGGCAAAUGGAGCUAUUGGUGAAGAUGCUACACAAGUGAUUACGAAACAAAUUCUUGAAGGAAUUGCUUAUGUUCAUAAAAUGGGAAUAUCACAUCGUGAUUUGAAACCAGAUAAUAUUUUAAUUGCCCAAGAUGAUCCUAUUCUUGUGAAGAUUACUGAUUUUGGAUUGGCUAAAUUUAGUGAUAAUCUGACGGUGAUGAAAACAUUUUGUGGUACAUUAGCAUAUGUUGCCCCUGAAGUUAUUACUGGUAAAUUUGGAUCAUCUCAAAUGGAACUGCAACAGAAGGAUAAUUACUCAUCAUUGGUUGACAUUUGGUCAUUGGGAUGUUUAGUAUAUGUAUUGUUGACUUCUCAUCUACCGUUUAAUGGUAAGAAUCAACAACAAAUGUUUGCUAAAAUCAAACGCGGCGAAUUCCAUGAAGCUCCUUUAAAUUCAUAUGAUAUCUCUGAAGAUGGAAGAGAUUUUUUGGAAUGUUGUUUACAAGUUAAUCCUAAAUUACGUAUGACAGCUGAAGAAGCUUUAAAACACAAAUGGUUACAAGAUGUAUAUACUGAUGAUGAUUCACUUAAAUCGUUAAGUUUAUCACAAUCUCAAUCACAACAAUCCAGAAAGAUAGAAAAUGGUAUUCAUGUGGAGGCAUUGAGUAAAAUUGAUGAAGAUAUUAUGCUUCGACCAUUAGACAGUGAAAAGAAUAGAAAAUCAGCAAAACAACAACAAGAUUUUAGAGUACCAAAACGUGUUGUACCAUUAUCUCAACAAAGAGGACCAUCUCAAGUACCACCUUCAUCACAAUUUGCAGUUCCAAUGGCACCAAUGUCACAACCAAAGAAGCGACCAUAUCAUAUUGAUCCAAAAACUAAUAAAAAAGUAACUAUUGCUGUUGAAGAGCCAGAAUCUAAGAGGUUAAAAAUGGAGAAUUUAUCUAUUGAUGAAAUAUAUUUGAUAUUUGAACUGUUGCAAGAAUCAUUAGUUCAAAAAACAAUCAAUGUUUCAAAAAGAUUAUUUACAUUUGGAAGAAGUGGUGGAUGUAAUGUUACUUUAGAUGAUGAUAGAUUAUCUAAACUUCAUUGCGUGGUUAUGAAAGUUAAAGAUGAAAUUUGGUUAUUGGAUAAUAGUACGAAUAGUUGUUAUAUAAAUGAUACCAGUAUUGGGAAAGGUCGUAAAGUACUACUUCAAAAUGGUGAAAAAUUGAGUCUUUUCAGAGAUGGUAAUUCAGAUGAACUGAUUUCAUUCAAUGUGAAUUUGAAGGAUACUAAAGUGGGAGAAGAGUCUAAGGGAGAAGAUACAACUAAGAAGGCGGUGGAUAAUACAGCUCAAUUAGAAGGCACUAAAGACAAUCCAAUUCAAGCUAAUGUAACUAAUGAUUUGCAUCAAGAUGAUUUACCGAAAUCAAAAAAGCUGUCUGUGGUUAAAGAAGAAAUCAAAAUAUUACAGCAAACUCCUGAAGACAAGAGCGUUGUUAAUGCAUUACUAAACAGUGUUACCAGUGUAUAG